UCCCCUUCCUCUCUAGCUUUCAUUCUCUAGCUUUAACACAAAUUAUACCAAUAUCUUUUGCCACUUACAUCAAUGUUUUAUACUAAUAUGGAGACGGUUCAUAACUGCUUCAAUGAUGCUACGAUAACCGGUGAUGAAAUCAUUGAUAUAUUGGCGUUUCUUCAAUCAGACGAGUCGGACAAUCCAAGCGGUAUAAACGAGGUAGUACCGGUGGAUGAUAAGAAGAGAAGACGGACGAUAUCAAACCGGGAAUCGGCCAAGAGAUCGAGGAUGAAAAAGAAGAAACGUUUUGAAGAGUUAACUGAAGAGGUGAACCGGUUAAACAUAAGAAAUCAGGAGCUGAAAAACCGGUUAGCUAAUGUUGUUAGUUGUGGUAAUUUUAUAUCUAGGGAGAAUAACCGGUUGAAAACCGAAUCGGUUUGCCUUGAGAUAAGGCUUUUAGAGUUGUACCGUUUUUUAGUGGCCAUGCAAUCGCCAAUCUCAACGAGUGUAAAUUACAUCACAACGCUCGAGAUUUAA